AUGACUGUGCUCCUCGUAUUAAUUUACGUUUAUAGUGAAAGCUUGACUAUCCAGAAAGCUCAGAAAAUGCCAGUAUUGCGUUUUUUGGAAAAGAAUGCUAGUGGCUCCAUUUUUGUCGUAAUUUUGAAAAUUGAUCCAAUAGCCGAAUCUGAAGCGUCUGUAUACAGUGCUAGAGUUUUCAGGCUUCGCUAUGGAAAAAAUGGUACAAUUUUAAGUGCUGGUUUUUCGGAACCUUCUGAUGCAACUGAAGGUGAUCUGAAGUUGUGGUUUCCUCCUGUAGAAUCUCCUCCUCUAGAUAUUGAAAUUGAAACUUCAAAAUUCCUUCUAACUCAUAUAGGAGAUCAGUUUUGUGAUCUGGUUGAAAUGGAAAGAGAAGCUCAAAAAUUGCAUAUGUCAGCUGAUGGAACUAUUACAUGGAAAAGAGUUGUUCAAGGUGUUCGUGAGAUGUGUGAUGUUUGUGAAACAACAUUGUUCAAUAUUCACUGGGUGUGUCACAAAUGUGGAUUUGUUGUAUGCAUUGAUUGCUAUAAAUCAAGAAAGAAUGGUCUUUCAAAAGAUGAGUUGUCAACUAAAGAUCGGGAUGAUUAUCAAUGGCUGUUGUGCACAAAUAGACAGCCUCAUGAGCAAGAGAAGCUAAUGCUUACACAAAUUAUUGCUGGUACAGCAUUGUGGGAUGUUGGCAAAACAUUACAUGAAAUACGUCGAAAAUGGAACAUUCCUACAUAUUGUAACUGUGUAAAUAAAGACUGUGAUCAAGAUGGUAGGAGUUCAUCAAAUGGCAUAUGCAAGCUAAUGAGUGCUGUAACUAAGUGUUUCUCAUCUGAUAAAGAUUCUUCCCGAGAAGCAAAUGGUUCUUCCGAUUCAUCUCGCUUAAGUAGACGCUCAGGAAAGAGCUCUGUGAAUGGUUUGAUCAAGCAUGAAGAUGGAGUAGGAGGUUACAGCUCUGAAAGUGGAGGAUCGCCUUUAAGUUGGCUGGCUGAUGUAGCUCUUAAUUCUUCAACAAAAGACUCUAGUGAACAGAAAGAUGAUGAUGAUAAAUUAUCAGAAGAUCAAGAAAGUAAUGCAGAUGCAUCAUUAGAAAGUGAUGAUGACAGAAGUGAAAAUUUUUCUACCCUAAGAGAACUUCUUAUCCGCCCAACUGGGAAAAUGGGAGGAAAGAGUAGUGGUAGUUCAUCUAGUUCCCAAAAAACUUUAACUAGUACCUUAGAUGAAGUUAUAUCUUGUGUCAUAGAGGAAAAAGUUCGAAAAUCUGACAAAAAGUGUAAAGAAAAACAACUGCUUCAUUUCACUCGGCGUUACCAAAUGUCUAGAUCUGGUAGAGAGUUGCCUCCAAUUCGAACGUGUAUUCUUGCAGAGAGUUCACUUUUGUAUCCUGAAAUACCCCAUAUUUGGCUUGGAAGUGGUAAAAUAUUACUUUUAAAAGAUCCAUACCAUUCAGGAAACUUACAAAUGUUUCAAGAGCAAUGGAAGAGAGGCCAGCCUGUUAUUGUUGCUGAUGUUGGCAAGAAUUUAGAUCCAUCUUUGUGGACUCCCGAGAGCUUUAUAAAAGAAUUUGGAGAUGUAAAAAGCGAUUUUUUAAAUUGUUUGGGUGGAACGUUGCUGCAGAAUCAACCAAUGAAAAAAUUCUGGGAAGGUUUUGAAAAUUUUAACAAACGAAUGAAGAAUGAAGAUGGUGAAGCUUUGGUUCUGAAGUUAAUAGAUUGGCCUCCUAAUGAAGAGUUUUCUGAAGUUAUGCCUUCUAGAUACGAUGAUUUGAUGAAAAUUCUUCCACUUCCUCAAUAUACUGGUCGAGAAGGAGUACUUAAUAUGGCAAGUCGUCUUCCUGAAAGUUUUGUCCAGCCUGAUUUAGGUCCUAGAAUGUACAGUGCAUAUGGUAUAAGUUCCUCUCUUGGUAAAGGCUCCACAAAUCUCCAUCUUGAUGUCAGUGAUGCUGUAAAUAUUCUAGUAUAUGUUGCUACUGGUCGUGAUGGGAAGGAAGAAAAUACUGCCGAAACUCUAAAAGCACUUGAUGAGAGUGGGUGUGAUAGCCUCAUGAAGAAGCGUGUUAAGGAAAAAGGCUUGAAACCUGGUGCAAUUUGGCAUGUCUACAAUGCAAGAGAUGCUGAUAAAAUAAGAGAUUUUUUAAAUAAGGUGUCUGAGGAACAAGGUGUUAAACUGAACCCUCAUCACGAUCCUAUUCACAACCAAGAGUGGUAUUUAGAUGAAAAGCUGAGGAACAGGCUAUUUAAAGAGUACUCUGUUGAAGCAUACACAAUUGCACAGUGUCUUGGUGAUGCAAUUUUCAUUCCUGCAGGGUCUCCUCAUCAAGUCUUGAAUGUAAAUAGCUGCAUGAAAGUAUCGGAAGAUUUUGUUUCUCCAGAGAGUGUGGGACAUAGUUUUUUCCUUACACAAGAAAUUCGUAAUUUAUCAGAUAGUUCAGUGAAUAAUGAAGAUAAACUUCAAAUUAAGAACAUUAUUUAUCAUGCAGUCAAAGAUGCAUUGGCACUGUUGCAGUCACACGAUCCUGAAGAUUCAAAGACAUGAAAUUAUGUAAAAUUUUAUAAAUAUAUUUUGCAUUACAAAUGAAGAAUGUGAUAAUGACUAGUGAUCAGAACCACAUGUUUUUUGAUCAUUUGUCUCUUACAUUCUGAUGUCAUCUCCUAUGGAGAUGAAUUAUGAAAAAAAAGGUUCCUUCCUCAGCUUUUGAAAGUGCUUGAAAUGGAGCAUAUUUUCCUGAGUAAGAAGGAAGCAUUUCAGCAAUUAGAAAAUCAGGUGGAUAGUUGUGAGUGAUAAGUUAUAUAAGAUUUGGCCUUGGUGUUCUGUUUACCUCAGCAUAUGUCAUUAUUUAAAGCAGCCUUCAAAUGUUCACUGUUUCAAUGGUAUUAUUUGAAAAAUUAAUUCUACAGAUAAUGCCUUUUGAAACAGAAGUAUUUUAUACAUGUUGCAUGUAUGACCUUGUCUGUGGGUGUGUUUUUUGUAUAUUUGUGCAUACAUAUUUAUACAUUGUAGACGCACACACUAUGCAUGGUAAAAAUUAUAUCCCUUGUUACUUCAGUUAAAGAGAUAUUUUUACAAAAUAUCGAAAUUGUUGAAACUUCAGUUGCAGAAUCUAAUUAUGUUAAGCCUAACAUAUUUGACGAAAUUUCAGAAUUGUCCAGAACUCUGCAUUUUUUGUUUGAAAGGUGCUUAGUAUGAAAUGUGUUAUAUCAUCUUAAAAAAUUUAGGAUAAAAAAUGGACAUUUGUGUUAUUAGUAAAUUCGUUGUUGUAAAAUAUAAAAACUUCAAACAAUAUUUGUUUUGGGGCCAUAUUGUUUUGAUUAGUUCUGGAAAAGUAUAUGUGGAUUAGUGUUACUAAAGUGCAAUCAUUUAUUGUGAGGCACCUGGUAGAUGAAUUCAUACAGGUGUUUUGUAUCAUUAGAUUGCAGAUUAAUGGUAAAAUGGAUUCCAGCUAGAUUUGUUUGCAUCUAUUAAUGCAUUAAUUUUGUGCAAAAAUGACUAUUUCUCAUUAGCAUCAUUUUAGUUCAUUGUGUAUAUAUUUUAUAGCGAUAUUUUUAUAAUGGAAAUGUUUUCUGUACAAAUAUGUGUAUGUCCUGACUUAUACUAUAUUAUAUAUAUAUAUAUUUAUAUAUAUAUAUAUAUAUAUAGUAGUGCUGAUUCAUAUUAAAGUGCCCAUGUUGAUAACUGG